AUGGAUACCAGAGGCCCCUACCUCGAUGUGGACGACUGUGCCGCCCUUCACAAUGCAAUCUGUGAGAUUGGAGGCAUGGAGGCGCCAUACCUCAAGGUCUCUCUGGACAACCCUCGCGUCUUUAGCAUGUCCAACUUUGUCACUGGCUUCACAGCACCCAGUUCGAUCCAGAUGACCCAUGCCUACACCAAGCAACCUGUGGUGGCAACACUGUUGAACAGUGGAGGUGCCACAUUCAACUACCUCAUCAACUCCAACACUCCUGGUCUGCUCACAUUCUCGCUCUCUUCCUCAACCUCGGGCGUCUCCGAGACGUACUCGGUCCAGUAUCUCAGUCCAGAGAUCGAUGUCAUCUAUCCAACUCUCACCAAACUGCAGUUGAUCACCAUUGUAGGCAACAACUUUGGUAUUACAGCCAAUGGUGAUAACAUAUCAGUGACACUCGGUUCGGGCAAUCCAUGCCUCACACCACUAGUCACCCAAGGUCGUGUGAUCACAUGUACACUGAAUGAUCAACUGUCCAACUCUGUCAAGAUCCUACCAAUCACCAUCAAAGUCAAUGGCAUCUCACAAAUAGUUGGUCAAAUCCCAUAUUGGAGUAAGACAAUGAAGAAGUUCUAUAUGGGCAUUGUUGGAUCUAUACCAUAUGCUAAUGUACCAGCUAUCGCUGCUAACUUGACAGCAGUGAACAAUAAGGGUACUUUCUAUUAUCCUGUUAACAACCCUACUUUCAUCCAAGAGUUCUUGUUCAUUGUCUCUCAAUACCUUUCCAACAGUUGGAGUGCGUAUGUUGGCGCAGUCUACGAUCCAUCCAAGAAGUUCAAGGAUCCAAUCACUGGCGAGUUUGUCACGGUCUACAGCAAUAUCAAUACAUAUGUAUCCGAGCCAUCUUGUGUGGAUCUCAUGGUCUCACCAACUGUCCUGACAGCGAUUGGAGUGGGUACGUGCGGAUCCAUGUUCCAGUUUGGCGGUGAGGCCCCCUCAAUCACUUCAGCGAGCCUGUCAUUCUUAUCACCAACAGCUGGAGGUACAUUCAACUUCACCAUUGAUAAGGUUGGCAGUGGACACUACUACAGUACCUUAGGACUCUCUCAGGGUUCGACGGUCGUCCGUCGUGCUGACUUCUUCGACAUGACCAUCUUGCAGUUGGUCAUACCUGCUGGCGCUGGCUCUGGCCCAUUCAACAUGGGCAACUUGGUCAUCGAUGGAUACACAGGCUCCCAGGUCUUGAUUUUCUCCUACAUGUCCCCAAGCAUCACCAAGACAACACAGAUCCCAAUCCAAGGUGGUACGACCACCAUCUACGGUGACAACUUCUCAGACAAUAUCGGCAACGUCCAAGUGCUCGUUGACAAUGUGGUCGUGACGGGAACAAUCACAAUGUUUACCACUCACACUAUGCUCACCGCCGUGGUGCCCCCCAACACUGUAGGCAAUCACUCGUUGGUCGUCAAGGUCAAGGGACAGACAUCAGCAGCAUUCAAUCUCAAGUACUAUAUCCAGACAACAGUGUCCUCCUACCAACAGACUGGUGACAAUGUCCAAGUGACAGGCACCAACUUUGGCUCUGAAUGCACUGUCUACAUCAGCUCUGACAACACAUUGACCAACAUCUCGGUCAUCCCCACAAAGAUCCAAGAGCUCAGCCUCUCCUUCCAGUUGCCACCCAACUCAAAGAAUGGUGGUUUGUCUGUGUUGUGCCAGGGAAAUCCUACCCCAGCCAUCCCCCUGACCAUCACCCCAAUCGUGGACUCUGUGGCGCCAACCGUGUCUUUGGACGGCGGCAACUUCACCAUUACUGGUAGCUUCAUGGCCACCUCAAACAUGAAUGGACAGGCACUGAACUACCAGGUACAGCUCUACUCUGAUGCCAACCUCGCCAAUGCCAAGCCAGUCAACUGCAGCUACCUCUCCACUCAGGCACCAUACACAAUCACAUGCGCGAUACUACCUGGCACCGGUACAUUCUACGGCAAGCUCUCAAUCAGCAAUCGUGACGUGUUAUUCAAUCAUACAUACACGCCACCAAAAGUCACCUCUGCAUCAGAACUCGAGUUUGGCAAGGCUGGCUACACAAAUAUUAAUGGCGACAACUUUGCCAAUGUUAGCCUCAAGGUGACUGUUGGAGACGAGACAUGUUCAGAGGUACAGUUUGUCGAUCGACACACAGUCAGAUGUUUCUUCAGUGCCACGAUUGCCCCAACCAAGACCGACGACUCACUAAACGUCACUGUCUCUGUCGAUGGCUUGGUCGGCCCAGGCAGCGUUUUCUUCUACAAGCGCCACAUCCCAUGCCCAGCCACAGAGAAUGGCGAGUGCAAUGGACAUGGCACGUGCAGCUACUCCUCAGGCAUAUGCGAAUGCCAAUCGCCGUACAUCCUGCCCAACUGCACAAGCCAGGGCUCAAGCGGCGAGAUGCCCACCACCGAUCCGAACGGAGGCAUCAUCAUCCCCUCCAAGGAAUACAACUUCACCAUCCAGCUUUACUACUUCCGUGAGAUGAAUAAUCUGGGAACCGAGGUGCUCCUCGUGCCAAUGGCGCAUAUUAACUGGCUCAACCGUUCUCAAGAUGGCCCCACGAUUGUGUUGGCGGGCAGCCUCGCCAACUCGACAAUUCGCGUCGAGCUCAAUCUCACCGUGUACAAAGAAGCCGCGGCCAUUCAGUUCGCUGGCGAGACGAUCAAUGUUCAAGCCAACAGCGUCAAGAGUGUGAUCAAGGUGGUCAACUGGCCAUUCACCAGCCAGCUCAACACACUCCAGGUGGUCUACAUUCAGGUGGCCAACAAGCAAUAUGACAGCGGCUGCGCAGUCCAAGACACGGGCGCCGAGUCCAACCAAGACGCCAACGGUGGCUCGCUCUCAUACAUGCAGCUCAACGCCGGCUCGACAAUCGUGACGGCGCGCUACGCCAACAGAAUCUACGUGGACAACAACAUCUUCCGCAGCAACAUCCAGAAUCUGCCGGCCACCGACCCUCUGUACCAACUGCUGCCACAGGGCAGCGAGGACAAGUUCAGUCUGCUGACGGCCAUCAACGUGCCACACUUUACUCAGAGCACCGUGAUCGAUCCAAACUUUGGAUCCCUGGUGCAAGGCAGUGCGGCCAGUUGCACCAAGGAGAACAAGUGGAAGAUACCAGUCAUUGUCGUGUGCUCCGUUGUUGGAGCAGCGUUGCUCACACUCCUCGCACUAUUCAUCAUCAAGAAGAAACAUAUCACUCUGCGGUCCGUUCAAAUUUCAUUAAAGUCAUUCGAUUGA